AUGGUGGAUGGUGGCAGUGGAGCCGAGGUUAUGUACCCCGACCUCUACAAGGGGCUGAGAUUAAAACCGGAAGAUUUGACGCCUUAUAACUCUCCUUUGAUGAGCUUCGACGGGAAGCUUGUUAUUCCAAAGAGCAUGAUUAGGCUACCCAUCCAGACCGCCCUAGAUAUAAUGGAGGUGAACUUUAUCGUGGUGGACACCUACUCUCCCUAUACAGCCAUCGUCGACAAACCCUGGCUCCAUACCUUAGGGGCUGUUGCCUCCUCAUUGCAUCAGAAGGUGAAAUUUCCGUUAGGGGACCAGGAGAAGGAGGAGUUGAUUGAGUUUCUCAAAAGAAAUAUUGACGUAUUUGCAUGGGAUGCCUGCGAUGCUCCAGGGAUUGAUCCAGCCUUCAUCUGUCACCAUCUCAAUGUCAACUCGUCCAUCACUCCCAAGAAGCAGCUACCUCGUCGCCCAUCAAGAGAGCAUGCAGAUGCGAUUAGGGAUGAAGUGGUGAAGUUUAAGCGUGCAGAGGCUAUCAAAGAGGUUUUUUACCCUGAUGGCUGGCCAAUAUCGUGGUGGUUAAGAAGAAAAGUGGAAAAUGGCGGGUUUGUGUAG